AUGUACGGUACACCACAAAGAUACAUUAGAAACGUCUCGGAUGAAGAGACGGAAAUAGAAGACAGACCUGUUUUACUUCAAGAUUUUAGUCAACUUAUUAAAGACAUUUCAUUAAUUAAUAAGAAAUGUGAAAUACUAACAGGAGGUUGUGAUUUGACGAUCGGUGAAUAUCCAUUUAUUUCCAUAAAAUUGUUAUUAGAAGGACAUAUUGAGAUUAUUGACGAAAUAGAAGAAGCUAUUAAAUUGUUCAAAAAGAACAAUACUCUUCUUAUUAAUAAAAUAAAAGAAGGUAAAAGAAGAGAGGAAAGAGAAAAAAGAAUAGAUGAAGCGGAGAAGAAAAAGAAGAAGAAACUAAACCAGAGAGAAGAAAAACUAGACCUCUCUAAUUUAAUUUAA